AUGAUUUUGCCAAACUUGUGCCUGAAGAAAAAUUUUAUGUUCCAAAGUACUUACGUAAGGCUAUAUAAAGAAGCAUUGCCAAAAAUAUAUAAUAAAAAAAGUAGUCAUUCAAGUAAAUGGAUUCAAAGACAAAUAACAGACCGAUACGUGCUAAAAGCAAAAAAUGAAAAUUAUCGAAGUAGAGCUGCAUUUAAAUUAAUAGAACUAGAUAAUAAAUACCUUUUCUUAAAAAAAAAUAAAACCAUUUUAGAUAUUGGUUCGUAUCCUGGGAGUUGGUGUCAAGUUAUUUUAGAAAGAACCAAAAAUUAUGCAAAUGAAAUUAUUGCAAUUGAUAAAAAAAUUAUGGACCCAUUACCAAAUGUCCAUUUUAUAAAAGCAGAAAUUGGAAAAGAUAAUGUAGAUGACCAAUUAAGAGAAGUAUUAAAAGAUAAAAAAAUUGAUAUCAUAUUAAGUGAUGCAGCUGUUGCAUGUAUUGGCAACAAAAUUGAUGAUCACUUAAAUUCUUGUGAACUUACAUUAUCUAUAACAAAUUUUAUGGAGCAAUAUAUAAAUAUCGGCGGUGUUUAUAUUGUUAAAAUGUAUUUAGGUAGUCAAACAAAUAAUCUUAAAACAUAUUUAAAAACAAUAUUUCAGCAUGUCAAUACAGCCAAGCCAAAAGCCUCUCGAAGUGAAUCACGUGAAAUAUACUUAGUUUGUAGAAAUUUUACAGGAAGAAAAAAAAUAAGUGAGGAUAUACAAAUUAAAGGUGCCUUUUCCUCCAAAGAAGGAUACUACUAA